AUGGCGCGGGCGGGCAAGCGUCGCCGCCGGAGCAGGCCUCCCUACGCCGACCGCCCCUACAGAUGCAACACGUCGCGGCGCCUCGUCCAGAACAGAUCGGCGCUUCUCGAGACCAUCAACGGGUUCUACGCGGCGGCGCUGGACCGGCUGCCGGUGGGCGAGAUGCCGGCGCUGGUCCCCCGCCUCCUCAAGGCUGGCCUCUGCGUCGGCUUCUCGGAUCCCGUCUCCAACAUUUGUAGUCCGAGCCCGACGACGACGACUCCGUCGGGGGCGAGACGAAGCGGAAGGCGGCGGCGGCGGCAGCGGCGAAGAGGCGGCGGAGGAGGGCGCUCUCCCGGGCCGUCGCGGACACCGGCGACGUCAAGUACUGGUCCCCGCCCCGCCCCCUCCUCCGCGACAUGCCCUUCGCCGCGCGGUCGCUCGAGGCGCUCGGUCGCGUUCCUCACCUACUACUUCCGCUACCUCCGGGUUUCCGAGGCGCUCGAGUAUCUCCGCCUGGCCGGGACCGACCCCAUCGUCGCCGUGCGGCUCAUCUUGGAGGACCGCAGCUACUCCGGCCGCAGCUUCAGCUUCGCCUCCCGGACCACCAAGACGGCCCUAAAAUGCGCCGCCCUGGCCGCCUGCCACCCCAAGCCCAGGGCCCUCGUCAACAGGUCCUACUCGUUCGCGUCCCGGAUGGAGCAGGUGUCGCGGUUCCUCGCCGCGGAGGGCGGCAGCCUCUCCUGCACCGCCAUCGAGAACAUUAGCGGGUUGCUGACCAAGCGCCGGCGAAAGCUGCGCGGCCUCGCCGGAGUAACCCCGCCACAGUUCCAUCUGGAGCUGACCAGGCCGCCGCCGUUUGUCCCUACAAAAUCUCUGCAGAGCGUCCUGCUCGACAGGGUCUACGGAUUGUACCUGGACGCGCUCGCCCGGCUGCCGGCGGCCGACCUGCUGCGGCGCUACCACCGGAGCCUCCUCAAGGCCGGCCACUGCUAUGGCCCUUUCAGGGAUCCUGUCUCCAACAUCGUGCUCAACACCGUGUGGUCCGAGGCCAUGUUCCCGCCGCGAGAAGAGCUCUCCGUGGCCAUGAUCUGCUCCAGGAGCCUUGUCCUCGUGGCGUGCCGCUCGCUCCGUGGCCUUGUCGCCUACCUCCGCGCCUGCUUUGACACCAUCUCCGAGCACCAAGCCAUGCGCUAUCUGCUCUUCACCGAGGCCGAUCUUUGGGGAGCAAUCGAAAUGGCGAGAGGAGAAGGGCAUGCUGAGAGAAGCACGGUGACGGUGGAGCAGGAAAGCGCCUGCAAGGCUGCGGCCACCGCUGCAAUGCACCCGGAUCCUGAUGCGGUGGUGAACUUUCUCGUCUCAACGUUUCCUGUCCUGCCCCUCUCCCUGCGGACAGAACCAAAGGCGUUGGACCUGCAGCUCAUCUCGCAGAUGUUGAUGGAACACUGUUCCAUUCCCCAUGGUGCAGCUGAAACAGUUCCUGAGCUUUCUGAGGAGGGAUCCAAGGUGUUGUCAUGGAUUCAGAGUGAUUUCAAGGAGGAGGAAAGUUUUGUCCUUGCCAAGGUUAAUGCCGCUCUGAAGAAAUACACGCAGCAAACUGGGGGACCUGCAUACGAGCUCCAUGUUAUCUGUGGCUUGAAUAGGAACGUAGGCAAGUCCUUCGUUUGGGGUCUCCAUUACGGUCCCGGGCAUAUGCAUCCAAGAAAAAUUCAGGAUUCUCACAUUAACUUCUUGGCGAGCCCUGCAGAUUCACACUCUUCUGAUGCAGUUCCUAUACUGUUCUUUGCUGAGUGCUCCAACAUUGAAGACGUGAAUGAUGAAUCUUCCUGUUGGCCAAUCAUGGGGCACCCUGCCAAAGGUCGUUGUUUCUACUGUGAGAACGAAGGGGCUAAGAUUGUCCACCCGGAUUCAGAGAAGUACAAUGCCUAUGACAUUGCCUUUGAGAGGAUGGCUUGCGAGGAUUUAGGUGGCAAGACAGUUGAUGACAGUGGCGACUGGCUUAUUACAGGUUCUGUAGACAUAUGUGAGGAGGACUGCAUCCAUUUCGAUGCCGAUAGGGAUGCCAAGUGUGCCGAGUUCUUGAAUGCUCGUGCUAGGACUGUGAAGGGUCCCAUGCUUGUUUAGUACUGUAGUAACUAUUUUCAGCUUCAAGCCUACUUUUUUUUUUGUAGGCCAAGCUUCAAGCCUACUUUGUUACCUU